AUGAUUGCGUUAAAAAGGUAGCAAUUUCGAGCUAAGCAACGAUAAAUUGUACUCAAUAAACUGUUUCAACAAAAUAGAAUGUCCUCUCUUCUAGUUUUCAAAUUGGAUAAAUUAGAAUAAAUACUUACUCAACAACACUAUGAUUCUCUAGAAUAUUAAGAAUCAAUCCAAUAAAUCAUAAUGAUGAGUCACAAUGUCAACUUAUCCUAGUUAUAUCAUUUAUUGAUUCGGAAUUUUAUCGAUACGAUCUAAUAUUAAAUGGAUGUGGGCUAUUAUGUUUUAAGUGUUUAAGUAUAUUUCAUGUUUUUAAUCCAUUAGAUGGAAAUGGCCUAACAGCCGAUGCUGGUGCAAUUAGUUAAAGAGACAGGUAUACAAUAAUUUUUAGCUUUCAAUGAUCCAAUGACACUAUAAUUUCUAGAAUUAUUUCUCAUUUAAAUGCCCGCAUUAAACGAUAUGGAAAUAGAUACUAUCUACAAUGAGCUCUUAAAAUGGUCCCAAUCUAUCAAUCUAAAUUAUGUGAUUUCUGCACUCAGUUGUCUAAAUUUGCUCAUAAGACUAAAAUAGGAAUUGCUAUCCCCUGAUCUCUCCAUUUCCAUCCUGCAAUUACUCAAUACAGAAUAUAGUUAGUUGGCUUUUGAAAUUCUUCAACUAUCAAAUUGGCAGCAUUUCAAAGAAGAAUAACUAAUAUUGGUUUGGGAUGAAAUUUGCAAACAAUUACUGAAUCUAAAUAAUGAAGAAAUUUGCAUAUCUAUAUUAAAGUCCAUAGUUCAAUUCCACACUCCCUACUAAUUGAAAGAGAUUUGCCAGUAUCUGUAAGUGGCCAACGAUUACUACGGCAUUAAAGUAAUGGAAAUGUUGUCUGCAACAUAAAUUAAUAGAAAUUUUGACCAGAUAACAUCAGAAUUACUAGAUCAAAUUAGUUACAGAGUCAUCAGAAAUCAGACCUUAGUACCCCUGUUGAAAUAAUUUCUAUUCAAAAAUAAACUAAUUUAUGAGUCCUAUAACUUCCCCCUGCAAAUUGAAUAUUUAUUAUAAUGA